AUCUAUGUAAAUUUGUGACAAGAAAAUGUUUUGAAUAUUAAUAUAAUAAUAAUAUUAUGCAUUAUAAUAAAUUAUUAAGUUUUUUCAAAGUGGCAAUUCUACAAAAAUAAUUAUUUAUUACUACAAAUGAACUGUUGAAUACUUAUAUUAUAAAUAAAGUUAUUACUUAAGGUCUUGAUACAACCAUAAUUUAUUAUUCAAUCCAGUACAAGGCAGUGGAAUGAUUGAAGUAUCAGCCAAACUCAUUGGUGGCCCUAUAUUUAUGCCGGGUAGUAAAAUUGGUUGCUGUAUAACAUUUACUCAUCCGCCGUUACCAUCAGAUUCUCGAAGCCAAAGUAAUAGUGACGUUUUAGAAAAUCUAGCAUGGGCUAGUGUGCAAAUCAAUUGUUUGUGUUUAACCAACGACAACAUUAAUUUUCCAUCUGUAAUGUGUGUUACCAAAGAUGAGAAAUAUUUAGGAAAUUCUGAAACUUCAUUUGCGCCGUGUUUAACAGAUAAUGGUCAUGUUGUUUUAUCUACAAAACCAAAAAUUUUAUUUUGUGACGUUGGAUUAUCUCCUGGCGAAAAUAAAUCAUAUUUAUACAGCGAUACAUUACCUAAUGAUGCACCACCAUCUUAUAAAGGUCAUUUAGUUAAAUAUGCGUAUAAAAUUACAGUGGGUAUGCAACGUUUAAACAGUCCAAUUAAACUAUUAAGAGUACCAAUACGUGUUGUAGUUAUACAUGGACUUACUGAAGGAGUGACAUGUGAGAAUAGUAUUGAUUUAUCUCCAAGUAAUCCAUUUUUAGAUUCUCAAUAUAAACAUGAAGAAUGUGACAUGGCUCUACAAAUGCUCCAAAAUAUAACUGCUAAACGAAGUCCCAAUUUUUACAAUAUAACAAACUCUCGAGGAAAAGUAGCUCGAUUUUGUUUAUUCAAACAAGCUUACAGACUUGGUGAAGAUAUAGUUGGAACUUUUGAUUUUGAACAAACAGAUGUGUCUUGUAUUGAGUUUACAGUAAGCUUGCAGUGCGAAGAGGCCGUAAAUAAAGACUUUGUAGCGGUCAGUCCGAGGCCCAGGAAGGACAACGUAUCUAUCGUUUCAUACAACACUCAACAUCAGUUCUGUGCGAAUACCUUGAAAUCAUUUUUGCAGCUUGCUAUACCGUUAAACGUCACCCCAGCUUUUAGUACGCUCCUAGUAUGCGUGAAAUGGAGGCUUCACUUUGAAUUCGUGACCAGUACGAAGACUUCAGGCGAACGGUUGGUCGAAACCAAGGAGGGCACUUGCUGGACAGGCCCGGAACACGUAGACAUCGAGACAAUGGUGUGGGAUUUGCCCAUACAGAUUUACCCGUCCGUGCCAUCCAUAGCAAACGACCCACACGCCCAAACGAGGAUAACAAUCGCGAUAUGAUUUUUUCCCCAUCGUUUACCUAUAUACAUAUAGGUAUACCAUACACAAUGUUUUGCACGUUUUAUAAAAAUAUAAUAAUGUGUAUUAUUUUUAUUAUUAUAUUAUUAUUAUUAUUAUUAUUAUCUUUUUUAUACAAAUUAUCAAUCAAAACAUUUUUUUUACACCUAUUAUUAUUUUUUUGUUUAUUAUUGGUAUCUUGAUAAAUUACUUUUAUUCUGUUAUUAAAAGUCGAAAGGGGACAUUUUCUAGUGUUUUUUUUCCUACUCCGCUCCCGCCGACCAGCAGAAAAGCCCUUUUACAAAUGUCAACUCUUACACGAAUACAAUAAUGUCGUCCUGUCCUCCACGUGACGUGUUAUUAAAAGGACGUCCGAAAAGACAUUAAUCACUGUAGCACACACCGUAUACACACGCACACAUGUUAUAUUAUUAUUAUAUAGUCGUUGUCCGUCCGUCGCUGAUGACCAGUGACGGCUGCGGCGGCGGUCAACUGCGAUUGUGUGCAAAACUUUCGGUUAGCCUUCAGACUCGGCGAAAUAAUAAUAAUAUUAUUAUUACAACAGUAUAAUAAUAAUAAUAAUAAUACAUAACAAUACGCGGCAGAGCUGCAGCGGUUAUGAUACAAUUUGACAAACAAGGAACCGAAUCGCGUAUAAUUCCGUGCGGUACAAAGGCAUUCCUGAGCGAUACUGAAUAUUAAAAUAACUUCCGGUCGGUCAAACAUCAUAAAUGGCAAAGGCGUACACUGCAGUAGAUACGCCGCACACGUAUAUAAUAAUAAUAAUAAUUUGAAUAAUAAUAUACGAAUCGGUCGUACGGGGUGAAUUUUGAAUUCCUUGCCAAAGAAAAUGCGCUUUACAGUUUUUAUAUUAUAUAUUGUUAUUAUGUUCCCUGCAGGGUCCUACUCGUGCACCUAUGCGUAUGUUUUGUGUUUGUAUUUUUAUUUAUCUUUUCUAUAGUAUCAAUAUUAUACGAUCGUGUUACCUAGAAUCAUAUUGGGUAAGGGACCUAAUGGGACUUAGCUUUCUCAAAUGUUUUUAACCCCUCAAAUUAAUAAUUUUAAAUUCGUUUUCUUCACGUGCCAUCCUAGGUUGGCUCUUUUCUUCAAAACAAUGUUAACCUGUCAUAUUUGUUACUUUUAGCGUUUAGCCUAUAUUCUUAUUGUAUCAAAUUAUACAAAUUGUAUACCGCUUGUAAAAAUAAAAAAAAUUUAAAAAAAGUUCGUUUUUUUUUUAUUCUAAGAACAUAUAUUUUUUAUUCAAUACUUAUUAUACUUUCAUCUCAGAACUAAAUCUACAUAGGUAUAAUGGCUGUAUAAAAUUGAAAUAUCGAAAAAAAGGCAACGUAUACAAUCACAGAUAAUGUUCCUAACAUUUAAGUUUUAUAAUAGGUCAAUUCACUCUAAAACUUAAGUUAACUCCACACAGUCGGUACUGCUGAACCAGUGGACUCAGUGGGAGCAAACAGAUAGUGCACUGGCAUCCUCUUAAUAAUAAAUAAUGCAUUCAAUAUUAUCAAUAUAAUUAUUAUUAUUAUUUUGGUUAAGUUGGUGCUACAAUAGUUGAUUUAUUUUUUGAUUUACAACAAUGUUAACUCUAUAAUUUAUAAUUGAAUAAAUGUUCUAAUAUACCUAUAUUUGAAAUAAAUUACUGUGUAACUAUAUAUAGUGUUUCUGUUAAAAAUGUUUGUAUUAGUAAAUUUGUUAGGGGUAUGGGGUUUUUCUACUAUGAUUCUACGUGCUAUCAAAUAUUUAAGUCCCCACCUCUCUAAUAUUUGCCAGGAUCUCCGACUAUGCCUAUAGAUUCCGUGACUAUCAAUGAAUUCCAGUCACCGCCUAAACGGAAAAAGGCGUUUAUAAUACAUACAAUAAAUAUCUAUAUAUUAUAUUAUAAGUAAAUGCAAAAAGCCACACGCUCUUUGGCGAUAAAUUAACGCGGCUUUGGGGUGAGACCACGACACCUAAUUCGUUUUCUCGAUCUGUUUUGCAUGAAAAACACCGCCUGCCGUCGCCGUCGCCACGAAUCACGUUCUUUAUUCCGUGAUUAACGGCUCUCUGGUUCAGUUUAAGGGUGAUUUACAUUAGCUCAUUAAAUCGGUCAAUUUAUUUGUAUAUAUACGUAUUUCUAUAUAGUUUGUAAAAAUGAAUACUUUUAUCCUAACAAUUUAUACUAACAAAUAACAAUACUACUAAACAUGUUUAAUUAUACUUUUUUUUUAAAUGGCAGCUUAUAUUUUAAAUUUCUUGAACAGGUAGUUCUUUCGAAAAUAGGUACUAUGUGCAUUGUGCGGUGUAUAAGUAAUGAACUAAAAUUUAAAUUUAGCAUUUUUAGUUUAUUCACGUGAAUAUUUUUAUUUUAGAGUUUAGAUACCUAUAGGCUAUAAGAGGAGCUUACCAACACUCACAAAUAUUUUAUAAAAUGCUGGCACUUUUCUAUUUUGAUUUUUGACAUCUUAAAAUGUUAUAUCUUGAAACAUUUAUUACUCCGCUCAGAAUUUAAAAUAAUACUUAUAUGUAUUUAAAUUAAAAUAUAAGAUGUAUGCU